ACUCUCGUUGCUAGGAGACGAGAUGCAACUUUCCCAGAUCUCACCGAUUGCUAGGGCUCGCUCUAGGCGGAGUGCUGGGAUCUAAGGGCCCACCGCCGCCCAGGGCCAUCUCUAGCAGGCUUCUUUCUAGGGGCGUUUUAUUUCUGUCCUCUCUAACUCUGGCCGAGGCAGGCUGAGGUUCCUCGCCCGGAUCCAGUCCCCCGCCCUGCCAUGCCUAAAAAAGGGAAAAAGGCCAAGACGCCCCUGUCAGAUGAGGAGCAGCUGCUUCUGUUUCAGCAGAAGUUGCUGGCAGAGGAGGAGAUGGCUAAGAAGAAAGAGAGGCUCCUCAGCCAGUUCCUGAAGGACAAGCUGGCCAAGGAGGAGCACAACAGUGCUCUGAACCUGAAUAAGAUUAACACACAGUGGAGAACGGUCCUUCGGGAAGUCAAGACCAGAGAGCUGCACAAGGACAUUGAGAUCCUCAGCCAAACAUUUGAACGAGUGGUAGACUGCAAGGACAGUGUCAUCAAGUCUUUAGCUAAGGACCUGUCGGAAGCCGAAGAGCAGUACGCCCACGCCCUGCGCAGCCACUUGCACAAUGUUGACCAGCUCCUGGCCCUCCAGAGGCGCAGGCUCAGCCUUCUGGAGGAGAGUUACAACGUGGAGCUGGAGGCGCUAACCAAGGAGUUUGAGACAGAAAGGAAAACAAUUAUUGACCAACAUGAGAAAGAGAUGCACUACCUACAAGAUGUCUUCAUGGCCAUGGAGCAGAGCUACAUAGACUCCGAGUAUGAAAGCAAGCUGGAGUUCCAGAGCAUGUGGGAUGAUCUCAAAAACAAGAAUUUAGAAGAGAAGCAUUUUUUAAGACUGCAACUGGAGAACAUAGUGGAAGAUCUGUGGAGAAGAUUCCAGGAUGCACUCAAGAAUUACACUGAUGCCACAGAGGACCGAAAGAUUGCCUUUGAGACCCUAAAGGUCAAGGAUGAGAAGAGCUCAAAAGAGAUCGAGGCACAGAUGAAAAAAAUACAGAAACUACAGGACGCCAUAAGUAUUUCAAAAGGCAAGAUCAUGAUACACAGUCGUGAGAGUGAAGAUCAGAACCAGUAUAUCCGUAACGACAAGGAGUUGGUCCUUGUACAACUGCGAAAACUUAAGGCCCAAAGGACUCAGGCCUGGGGAAUAUCCCAAGGGAAUCUGGUCAAACUCACCCUGGAAAGUAAUGCCACUCUCAAGGCCCUGAAAAAGACUGUGGAUAAGGGUGAAAAAAUCCUUAAGCUGGCUGAAAUAUGUAGGAAAUUUGAAACAGAGGAAGAAAAAGUGCUGCCUUUUUAUUCAUCGACAUUGACUCCCAAGGAGCUGGAGGAGGCUGAGGAGAAUAACCUAGAAGAGGUUUCUGAGGAGUUCGCAAAGGUGAUGGCAGAUUACAAAGGGAUGGAGAAUUUCUGGAAAAGGUACAACAAGGUAAAACUGGAGCAACUGAGCCUCCAGCACAGAUGGGCCCAGCUGUUGGAGAUUAAUGGGAAGCUGCGGGAGAUGCUCAAGCAAUACUUGGAUGGCAUCUCCGUGAAUGAUGAAGUGCUGAGCCAGCUCAACCCACUCUUCAUAGUCAACCAUCGAAGCAACUUACCCCAGCCCCUGAUCACACCUGCUGCCCAGUCAGAUGACAAGCAACUUCCAACCACUUACAACAUCAUUGAAGCAGCCCAUGUGAUCUCCCACACCUUGUGAGCCAAGGAAAUAAAAUCUCUUUUCAAUCCCAA